AUGGCGUUCACAUUGUCCACAACAAAGACCUUCACCAACAUAAACUGCUCAAGCAAACCUUCAAACAUAACCCCCUUUAAGCCCCUCAAGCUCCCUCUUUUCUGGCCAUGGCAAAAGGUCAAAAUGGGUCCUCUGAGUGUUUCUCCGAUGGGUUUUGGGACAUGGGCUUGGGGCAACCAGCUUCUUUGGGGUUACCAGACUUCCAUGGACGAUCAGCUUCAACAAGCUUUCGAAUUGGCUUUACAAAAGGGAAUCAAUUUGUUUGAUACUGCAGAUUCUUAUGGCACUGGCAGGCUUAAUGGCCAAAGCGAGAGACUUUUGGGGAAAUUCAUCGAAGAAUCUCAAGCCAUAAAAGGGAAACAAAACGAAGUGGUGAUAGCUACAAAGUUUGCAGCUUAUCCAUGGAGGUUAACUUCAGGACAGUUUGUGAAUGCUUGCAGAGCUUCUUUAGACCGGCUUCAGAUAGACCAGCUCGGGAUCGGACAGCUUCAUUGGUCAACCGCAAACUACGCACCUCUACAAGAGCUUGUUCUUUGGGAUGGUCUUGUGGCAAUGUACGAGAAGGGGCUAGUUCGAGCUGUUGGAGUAAGUAACUAUGGACCUCAACAGCUUGUGAAAAUUCAUGAUUACCUCAAAACCAGAGGGGUUCCUUUAUGCUCUGCUCAGGUGCAAUUCUCAUUGCUAAGCAUGGGGAAAGAGCAACAAGAGAUCAAGAGCGUGUGCGACGAGCUCGGGAUUCGUUUGAUCUCUUAUAGUCCUCUUGGUCUAGGAAUGCUGACCGGGAAAUAUUCCUCUUCAAAGCUUCCCACUGGUCCUCGAUCAUUACUGUUUCGACAAAUCCUUCCUGGAUUAGAGCCUCUGCUUGUAGCACUAAGAGAGAUUGCGAAAAAACGAGGAAAAACUAUGCCUCAGGUUGCAAUAAACUGGUGUAUAUGCAAAGGGACAGUACCGAUACCGGGAAUAAAGUCGGUGAGACAUGUUGAGGAUAACUUGGGCGCAUUGGGAUGGAGACUUACAAAUGAUGAGCAGCUUCAGUUAGAAUAUGCAGCUGAGGAAUCACCAAGGUCGAUGAUUCAGAACAUUUUUCAAACAAGAUGA